AUGAAAAAAGAAAUGUAUGAUGAUGCUAUUACAUUCUUCUAGAAGGCUGUUUAACUUGAUCCUAAAUACAGAUGGGCAUUUCGAAAGCUGGGAUAUUCAUUUAUGAAAAAAGAAAUGUAUGAUGAUGCUAUUACAUUCUUCUAGAAGGCUGUUUAACUUGAUCCUAAAGACAGCUGGACAUUUGGAAAUAUGGGAUAUUCAUUUAUGCAAAAAGAAAUGUAUGAUGAUGCUAUUACAUUCUUCUAGAAGGCUGUUUAACUUGAUCCUAAAGACAGCUGGACAUUUGGAAAUAUGGGAUAUUCAUUUAUGAAAAAAGAAAUGUAUGAUGAUGCUAUUACAUUCUUCUAGAAGGCUGUUUAACUUGAUCCUAAAGACAGCUGGGCAUUUGGAAAGCUGGGAUAUUCAUUUACGAAAAAAGAAAUGUAUGAUGAUGCAAUUACAUUCAUUUAGAAGGCUGUUUAACUUGAUCCUGAUGUUAAAGAAAAUCUUUUAAAUCUAGGAAUAGCAUUUUGGAAAAAAAGGAAGGUAUCAACAUUCAAGUAUAUAUUUCAAGAAAGGUAUUUAAAUUGA